AUGGCUUCCAUGUGCAACUACUCCUCGACAUUCAAGCUCAUACUUGGGUCGUCGUCGCUGGCGCGCCGCCAAAUCCUGUCGGAUAUGGGAUACGAGUUCACCGUCAUGUGUGCUGACAUUGACGAGGAGGCCAUUAGGAGGGAGAAGCCGGAGGAGCUGGUCCAGGCCUUGGCCGAAGCAAAGGCUGAUGCCAUUAAACUGAACCUCCGUGAUGGCUGCGCUGACCGGGACAGCAGCAGUGAUCGGCCAACCUUUCUGAUCACUUCUGACCAGGUUAAGGUGAGCAAAGGGAUGAUAAGGGAGAGGCCGAGAAGCGCGGAUGAAGCCAGAGAAUUCAUCAAGGCAUACUCGGGUGAUCGAGCGUUUGCAGUGAACUACGUUCUAGUGACCAACCUGAGCACCGGGGUUAGAAAAGGGGGCUGGGACAAAGCUGAGAUCGAUUUUCACCACAUACCAGACUGGUUCAUCGAAGAAGUCGUGAAGGAAGGAGGCAUGACUUGCGUGGCUGGUGGCCUCAGGCUGACGCAUCCAUCGGUGCUUCCAUUCAUCAAGCAACUCGUCGGUACCGCAGAUAGCGUCCGAGGCCUUCCGAGGGAGCUCACGGAGAAGCUUAUUCGAGAAUCGAUCGAAGCAAUGUCCUAG